AUGGCGUCUAGAAACCUCUUAGCCUUUGUAGGCGGCGACUCACCAGCAGAAAAGAUACCCCAGGCCAAGCCACUGCCUAGACUGCGCUCCGGCUCCUCCGAGGACUUGACAGCAACAAAUAACAAGGGGCCGUACAGUGGCCCCACAAGAGAAACAGCCCUGGAUAUGAGCUCCGUGUGGUCAAAAAGUCCCAACGAAUUCCCCAAAAGGCUGCAAGGCUCAGGGUCUCGGAUAGCCCCCUUGCGAGAGUGCUGCCUAGCUCCUGGUGAGCUGCGGGAAAGGCUCACGAAUGGACCUUUGGGACCCAGCCUGGAAGGCCCUUUGUCUUGCUCCGGUUUGAAUGGGGAAGUAACAACCCCAGUAAAUACGAAAAGAGAUUUGCCUGAGACCCCUGUUGCCGAACCUUCGACUGAAAGUGAAAUUUGGGACUUCCCGUUGGCGCCUCCUGGUGAGAUAGCGCAACGUGCAGAAGAAGACAAAGGAAAGCCCCAUGCCUGCGAGGCGGAGAGUGGGCAGGAGCAGCAGGACCAGCAAGAGCAGCAGCAGCCAGCGGAGGAGAAGCAAAAAGCACAACAGCAGCAGGUGCCCCCUCCGUCCCAACUAUCUGUAGCCCCGGUACAUACAUCACCCACAGAAGCCAUUCCUGAAGAAACACUAGAGGAGGUGCAACAGGAGCAUCAGCUGCUUGAAACAGACACAGAAGUAGGGGUAGAAAUGCUACAGGAAGUGCAGCAAACGCAGCAGAGCCAAAGCCGGGGCCCCAGCAAGGAGCGCGGCAGCCUCCGCUGUUUGUCAGUCUUUUCUUCUGAGCCCGAUGAGGCGUUUGCUAGUGCGCCAAAUACCGGCGGCAGUCGCAGUCCUGAGGACGGGCGAAAGCCCCCUGAUGGCGCGGAGUCGUGGGGAUGGCUGAGCCCCAUUGCCACAGAGACAGACCCUUGA